CGGUCACUGUGCUUAUAUCGCUUAUUUCAAGAUACCUAUAUACAUAUAUGUAUAACAAACAAUAUAUUAUCGCACUGUCUAAAUCAGUUGUCUAAAAUGGUCACAAAAGCUCUUUAUAGUAUAUAUAACUGAUAUUUCUGUAAUCUCGUAUAACAUUUGAGCAAAAUAGAGAUAUAUGUGUAUAAAUAUUGGAUGUCGACCCUCGCUAUCACAUUAGUACUAUUUUGAAACGCGUCGAGACAACAAUCAUGUUACGCUUAAUUCCUCCUCUUUUUUUAUUAUCCCUAAUUCUUGUGGUCAAUUUUUUUCAUUCAGCUCAAGCGGCAGUGAUUCCUGACAAUGAAAAAAAAACCACUACAUGCGGAUAUGAGGCAUGUGCAAAAGUGGAUCCAACAAAGGUGAAUAUUCACAUUGUUGCACAUUCUCACGAUGAUGUUGGUUGGUUGAAAACAGUUGAUCAAUACUUUUAUGGACAUCGAAAUAAUAUUCAACCUGCUGGUGUUCAAUAUAUUUUAAAUUCUGCAGUUAAAUCCUUGCAGGAAAAUCCAGAAAGGCGGUUCAUUUAUGUGGAAACAGCAUUUUUCUGGAAGUGGUGGAUGAGGCAAGAUGAAAGGGUGAGAACCAUCGUUCGAAACUUAAUCAAUGAAGGAAGAUUAGAAAUCAUUGGAGGUGGCUGGAGUAUGAAUGAUGAAGCAGUUACCCAUUAUCACUCUGUUAUCGAUCAAUUCACCUGGGGUUUUAGAAUAUUAAAUGACACUUUUGGAGAAUGUGCACGUCCAAAAAUUGGAUGGCAAAUCGAUCCUUUUGGACAUUCGAGAGAGCAGGCAUCAAUGUUUGCUCAAAUGGGAUUCGAUGGUGUUCUAUUUGGUCGUCUUGAUUAUCAGGAUAAAAAUGAACGUAUGAAAUCACGAACAUUGGAAAUGAUUUGGAAGGGUAGCCCCAGUUUAGGUGAAAGUGCCAAUUUAUUCACAACAGUUCUUUACAAUUUUUAUAGUCCACCACCUGGUUUUUGUUUCGAUAUUCUUUGUUCAGAUGCCCCUUUGAUUGACGAUCCAGAGAGUCCUGAUUACAAUAUAGAAAGUAGAGUAAAUCAAUUUUUGUCCUUUGUCAACAAGCAAAAUAAAACAUACCGAACGAAUAAUUUAAUAAUUACCAUGGGAAAUGAUUUUAAUUAUCAAAAUGCUGAUACUUGGUUCACUAAUUUGGACAAACUCAUUAAAUACACCAACAAAUUGAAUGGAUCGACAUAUAAUGCAAUUUACUCAACACCGUCCUGUUAUUUAAAAGCAGUGAAUGAUGCAAAAUUAUCUUGGUCAACAAAAAGUGAUGACUUCUUUCCCUACGCUAGUGAUCCACAUUCUUAUUGGACUGGUUAUUAUACCUCAAGACCAUCUAUUAAAUUAUACGAAAGAAUGGGGAAUAACUUUUUGCAAGUAGUUAAACAAUUGUCAGUUUUAAAUAAUAUGCCAAAUAAUGAGAAAAUAAAUAAAUUCAGAGAGGCUAUGGGAAUUAUGCAACAUCACGAUGCAGUUACGGGAACGGAAAAACAACAUGUCGCUAAUGAUUAUUCUCGAAUUUUAUCCAACAGUAUGAGAGAUGGAAAUAAAUUGAGCGCUGAUGCUUUGAGAAAUAUGAUGAAAAAAGAUGAAAAUACAGAAAAGAAGGUCGAAUUUCAUUCUUGUCUUCAAUUAAAUAUUAGUUCAUGCGAGCAUACAGAGAAUAAUAAAAAUUUUGUUGUCACUUUAUACAAUCCUGGAAGUCAACCUCUUUCAACUUACGUUCGACUACCAGUAAAAGGAGCUUCUUAUCGUGUUAAAGAUUAUCUAGGAAUGGAACUUGUUACACAACUUGUGCCAAUACCAGCGACUGUGUCAAAAAUUCCAGGUCGACAAAGUUCCGCUGUAUUUGAUUUGGUGUUCUUAGCACUGUCAAUUCCUGCUCUUGGCUAUCAAUCAUUUUACAUUAGCGAGAAAACACAAGAAAGUGAAAUUCAAUCUGAUGAACCUGUUAAUGAUGAAUCAGUUUCAUUCAUGGGUGGCGAUACAUACGAUAUUUCUGUUGAUACAAGUGGAAGAGUUGUAUUGCAAUCAAUAGAAAAGGAAGGCAUCCGAAUGACACAAUCAUUUCAAUUUUAUAAAGGAGCUGCAGGAAAUAAUAUGGUAUUUUCAAAUCGUUCCUCGGGUGCCUAUAUUUUUAGACCCAAUGUAACUCGAGCUGUAGACUUCAAUUACAAUGGAAAUGUUCAAAUAUUCAAAGGUCCCUUGGUGGAGGAACUUCAUCUCACUGUUAACGAAUGGGUCAGUGAAGUUGUUCGAAUUUAUAAUGGAGAGGAUAGAAUUGAAUUCAAUUGGCUAGUUGGUCCCAUUGAUGUCAACGACAAGAUUGGUAAAGAGAUUAUUACUAAAUAUACAACAAAUUUGGAAUCAAAUGGUCAAUUUUAUACGGACAGUAAUGGCCGCGAAAUGUUAAAACGCGAAAGAAACAAACGACCAACUUGGAAUUUACAUCUACAGGAACCAGUUGCAGGAAAUUAUUAUCCAGUAACGACAAAAAUUGUCGUGAGAGAUGAAAAGAGAAAAUUAAGAUUAGCCGCUCUCACUGAUAGAGCACAAGGUGGUACCAGUUUAGAGGAUGGAGAAAUUGAACUCAUGGUUCACAGAAGACUAUUGAAAGAUGAUGCCUUUGGCGUAGAAGAAGCAUUAAAUGAAACUGCAUAUGGAAUAGGAUUAGUUUCAAGGGGUGAACAUUCCAUUAUUUUUGGAAGUGAUUCUGAUGAAUUUAGACUUCAUGAAAAAACGGAAGCAACACGAUUGGCCCUUCGGCCUUGGGUUUUCAUCAGUCCUGUGGAAAAUAUUUCUUAUGACGAAUGGAAAAACACUUACAAAAUGCAGAAUUCUGGACUGGCAAAAUCAUUGCCAUCCAAUGUUCAAAUUCUAACUUUAGAACCUUGGAAAGAUGGAACUGUUUUACUGAGACUUGAACAUAUUUUCGAAUCAGGAGAAUCGGGCAAAUAUUCCAUUCCUGUCGAUGUGAAUAUUCAGGAUCUCUUCUCAGCCUUCAUUGUGACUUCAGUUCGAGAAACUACUUUAGGAGGAAAUCAAUGGUUAGAGGAAAAUAAUCGUCUAAAAUGGACUUCAGAGGAAAAUGAAAUUUUCAAAACUAAUGAUUCGUCUGUGCCACUAAAUUUGGAGAAUGCGUCAGCAAUUAGUGUUGAAUUGAAACCAAUGCAAAUACGUACAUUCAUCGUAAAAAUUGCACUUCGACAAUAAUUUAUUUUUUGAAUAAUAAUUCAAGAAGAAAAAAGAAAAAAAUGAAAAAAAAUUUUGUUUUCAAUCUUUGAAAUUUUUUAUAAAUAUAAAAAUUCUUUUUAACACUGAAAAAAAAGAAUUUUUUCUACAAAAUAAAAUUCAGAAAAUUUAUUUUUUCUAUCACUUUAAAAAAAAAACAAAUUUCGAAUGUUUUUUAAAUUUUGACACAAUUGUCAACAAAAACAAUGAAAUACACUUAAUUUUUCUACUAAAAUGAGAAUUCAAUAAUUCUAUAAUUAUAAUUCUAGUAAAUUAUAAUAUUAAAAGAUAAAAAAUAAAAUGAUACUGUAUUAAUAAAUUAAUUAAUGUUAAAAGUAUAUUUUCGCCAUAAACACACAAAAAAAUUCUUGUUUUCAUCUGAAAAUCGAGGUUAAGACCUUUUUUGAGACAAUGGAAGUCAAUUUAGAUAAAUCUGUAAGAAUUUUUUUUUUUACUGUAAAAAGAAAUAUUUACAAUAUAAUCUGGUGUUAAUAACUUUUUGCUUUUGUAAAAAAAAAAAAAUGUAUUUAGGGUGAAAAAUUUGCUUAUCGUCGAUUGAUCAAUAAAAUUUUAAGAAAUUUCAUAAAAUAAAAAAACCGAAUUUUUA